UUGAUUUCUGUCAGCUGUAGUGGGAGUUUCAUCUGACAGCAUUUAUCCCGAAAUUUAUUUGUCGUCUUACUUCAAACUUAGAAGAAAUAGCGACAUGAUUCGUUUUAUUCUUAUCCAAAACCGUGCCGGUAAGACGAGAUUGGCGAAAUGGUACAUGAACUUUGAUGAUGAUGAGAAACAGAAACUUAUAGAAGAAGUGCACGCCGUUGUAACGGUUCGAGAUGCUAAACAUACCAACUUUGUUGAGUUCCGUAAUUUCAAAAUCAUAUACAGACGAUAUGCUGGUCUCUAUUUUUGCAUUUGUGUGGACAUCAAUGAUAAUAAUUUGUGUUACCUAGAAGCCAUUCACAACUUUGUCGAGGUGUUAAACGAAUACUUCCACAAUGUGUGUGAACUGGAUCUGGUGUUCAAUUUCUACAAGGUCUAUAGUGUAGUUGAUGAAAUGUUUCUAGCAGGAGAAAUCAGAGAAACAAGUCAAACCAAGGUCUUGAAACAGCUUCUGAUGCUGAGUUCUUUGGAGUGAAUUUAUACACACAUUCUCAUUUAAAAAUUCCUUUAAACCCAUCUGAAUCGUUAGGUUGAUGUCUUGAUGAUCGUUCGUCUGUGUAUUUUUUUUUUGUGUUGCUACCGUGUACAAGUUGUUAAACUCA